GCCGCGACUACACGUCACUACGGCUGCUACACGCCGGCCGCACGCGACGCGCGCGUUUCGAACGUAGUGCACGAUACCUCGCGACCGGUUCCCGUAGUCGAUGAGCACGACCGGUGACAUCUCGAUAUUUGUGCUGUGUGACUUACAGUGAAACGCUCAGUGCGAUACGUGUGCGAGUGAUGGAUUACUGCGGAUUCCUCUCCUUCGAGUGCUGACGGGAUUCUGUCCCGACGUAUAUGCUCCGGCGCCGCUAGCCCGGACGCGCCACUAUGCGCGCCCCCGCGGUGCUCGUCGCCCUGCUAGGGUUUCUGCCCCAGGUGCUGUCAUCUGGUUCAUUCGAGCUUAGGAUAAAAAGUUUUACGAACUCGUUAGGUAGGUUAAGUAGUGGACAGUGCUGUGAUGGUUCCUCGAAUAGUGACGCGCCGUGCUUGGCGCCGUGCAGGACUAAAUUCCGAGUGUGCCUCAAGAUAUACCAAGCUAACAUUGAUACUACGUCACCGUGCACCUUCGGGGACAUCACUACGCCAGUGUUGGGAGGCAACUCCCUGGACGUGCCGAAUCUCAAUGUUGAGGGAUUCAGCAAUCCCAUCGUUUUCCCCUUCGAUUUCACGUGGCCGGGCACUUUCUCGCUGAUUGUCGAAGCGUGGCAUGACACGAAUGAAACUUCAAGAUCUGAUGAUUCCCUUAUAGCCCGUAUGACGAAGCAGAGUAUAGCCGACGUUGGAGGGCCGUGGGUCGAAGAGGAACAGCGGUGGGGCGGCCCUGGGGGUGCUCAUCUAAGGCUGUCGUACCGAGUGACUUGCGCUGCGCAUUACUACGGUUCUGGCUGUGAGGUCCUGUGCAGGCCAAGGAACGACUCCUUCGGACAUUACACCUGCUCGCCCGCGGGGGAGAUCGUCUGCAGACCCGGCUGGACGGGCGACUAUUGCUCCAAACCGCGCUGCCUGCCCGGCUGCGACGCGGAGCACGGCCACUGUCUCAAGCCCGACGAAUGCAUCUGUCACUCGGGCUGGGUGGGCGAGCUGUGCGACCAGUGCGAACGGCAUCCGGGUUGCAUGCACGGCACCUGUUCUAAGCCGUGGGACUGCAUCUGCGAGGAAGGCUGGGGGGGCCUGUUCUGCAAUCAGGAUCUCAACUACUGCACGAACCACCGCCCGUGCAGAAACGGGGGCACCUGCCACAACACGGGCCAGGGCAGCUACACCUGCGUCUGCCCCGCAGAGUACACUGGCCCCGAUUGCGAGAAGUCGCUGCACUCCUGUGCAGUCCGGCCGUGUCGCAACGGGGGGGCCUGCGUACCCGACGAGGGGGGAGAACUGUCCUGCGCCUGCCCGUCGGGGUACGAGGGGGCGCGCUGUGAAACCAGGAGAUUGACCUGCGCGGAUAGACCUUGCCGGAACGGCGGAACCUGCGAGCCCCGCACCUCCGGCUACGUGUGCGUGUGUCCCGCCGGGUACGCCGGAGUCGACUGCGGCGUCGAGGCCGACCCCUGCGCCGCCAACCCCUGUCGCAACGGCGCGACCUGCUCCCGCGCCGGCGACGGCUUUCGCUGCAACUGCAAGUCCGGCUUCCGCGGCAACCGCUGCGAGAUCGACAUCGACGACUGCGCCGGCAUCACGUGCGAGCACGGCGGCACCUGUGUCGACCUGGUGAACGGCCAGCGCUGCCAGUGCGCGCCGGGCUUCCUCGGCCCCCGCUGCGAGACCCGAGUGGACCUGUGCCUCGCGAAGCCCUGCGCGAACGGAGGAGAAUGUCUGGUUCUCGACAACGACUACGAGUGUCGGUGCCGGCCGGGCUUCGCCGGCAAGGACUGUAGCAUCGACGUGGACGAGUGCGCCUCCUCGCCGUGCAGGAACGGAGGCACGUGCAAGGAUCGAGUGGACGGCUACACGUGCCUGUGCCCGCGCGGCUGGAGCGGCAAGCUGUGCACGGUGUCGCUGGCAGAGCUGGCGGCCGCGAAGCCGGCGGGCGGACACUUGCGGCGCGUGGGGGACGAGGCGGAGGGCGCGGAGGAGACGGGCGCGGCGGGCGAGGCGGCGCCGCUGGAGCGCGGGCACGUGGCGCUGAUCGCGGCGGCGAGCGCGCUCGUGCCGCUGGUGGCGCUGGCGGCGGGCGCGGCGCUGUGCGUGCGGCGGCGGCGGGCGGCGCGGGCGGCGGACGCGGAGGCGCGCGCGCAGAACGCGGCGAACGCGGGCGGGCGCGUCAUCCGCAACACGUGGGGCAAGUGCGACGCGCCCGCCGAGUGCCAGAACGCGCACAACGCGGCCGCGGAGGAAUGCAAGCGCAAGACGCUCAACACGGAGAGUGCGGCGCGUCUGCUGGCCGCGCUCGACCCGCGCCUCUCGCGGCUCUCCGCAGACUCCGCCUACUGCGCGAACAGUGAUACGUCGCUAGUGAAACGGGCGCUAGAAGGCGGAGGGGUGUACGUGUUAGACGACCACUGCCUGCCGCCGACCUUCGCCACACAAGUGUAGUGCAUACAGAAGCGUCAAUGGACAUGAUAACUUAUUUAUUGAUAACGGACGCUAGUGCGAUCAAGGCUGUGCGCCGCGUGUAUAUAUAGCGUUAAUUGUAAAGUGACCCCCUGUAUAGACGGCUAGUUGUAAGCGUUCCGAUGUAUUUAUUUGUGAGUGCGAUUCGUGCGCCCUGUAAAUAGUAUCGGCGGCACGGAUCGCGACCCGCGCCUGACUCGCGUCUGACCCGCGCCUUACCCGCGCGGCUGGCGCAGUGGACCCGCGUCCACGUCUGCGAUCUCUGUAGGUAACGGUGCCCCCCCUCCCCUCCUCACCCCUCUCCUAGACUCGCACCAGUAAACGAGCCAAACAGUGCGUAAAAUAAGAUUUUUAGACUAAUUUAUAAAGAAAUAAAACGCGAAUGUUGCGUUCAUCGGUUUUACAUUGAUUAUAUUUUAUAUAUAUUUUUGUGAUUGACUAAUUAUUGUCAUUUGUUCCUAUGAUUAUAAAUAAUAGUGAUCGAAAUCGAAAAUCAUGUUCAGGUUUUUCUGAAAAUCGACAUAGAUUUUUUCCAGUCUCACUUCGCUUCCCGAACUCGCCGGAUGGACGAUGCACUGUGUCGGGUGCGCGAGCGCACGCGCGCUCUCUCUAUUUCGUUGUAGCACUUGGAGGGAGCGCACGUCUCGCUCGCGGCACCACCGCGCACCUAUUGUAGUUAGCUCAUAGGUUAAAAUAUUUUCGUGUACUUAUAAGAAACAAAAUGUCGAAACCUAAGUCAUUGUGUAUAAAAAACUAUUAAGUUGUAGCGUUGUAAGUAUAUUCUCCAUUACUUCUGUAAGAGUACGGAUAAUAAUGUUAGGCAACGCGGGACUCCUGGUAUGUUUUGUUUUAACUUAUUUAUUUUAAUACGUGCAGUACGAAGUGGAUUUUGUCGACUACCACGGCGCAGCUCCGGCCCCACGCCGGGCCGAAGCCGCGUCGUCGUCGGGUCGUUGCAGAUAAAUUAUGUUAAAUUUGCCGUUUUAUAUGUGUUGUAGAUAUAUUGAAGUAGUGGCAUCACCUCCCGCGUUGCCUACUGUACUCAUACAUAGAUUAAAGAAGGUUAAAUCGACGAUUUUGAGAAAUUGUAAAAUUUAUAUCAAACUAUGAAUAGACUGAUGAUCAAUAAUAAUGUUCUUGUAUUUAAUUUUUUAAGAUGACAAAAUGUAAGUUUUA